AUGGCUUCUGCUUCUGUUGCAACAGCUUUGCCACUGAGUUCUUCAACCCAAACCAAGCUGAAAAAUCCAUGCUCCCAAUCCCUUUUCAGACCAUUACCAGUACCACAACCAAAGAGAACCACACAGACAAAACCCAAGGUUGAGAUCAAUGCAUCUUUGAAAGAGAAGGCUGUGACAGCUCUUACAGCUGCAUCAUUGACAGCUUCCAUGGUUAUACCUGAUGUGGCUCAUGCAGCUGGAUCUGAUCUCUCACCUUCUCUCCAGAACUUUCUGCUAAGCAUUUUUGCUGGUGGGGCUGUCUUAACAGCUAUACUUGGAGCUGUUAUUGGUGUUUCCAACUUUGAUCCUGUUAAGAGAGCUUAA